AGUGACCACCUUAAAUCGGUCUCGGUCCGUCUCCUCAGCCUCUUCCACUGGGCUGGAAGUCAGGACCAAUCACUCGGACAGGGUUUUUUACUUCUGGAUCAAGACGAGAAAACGCAGAUUUAAGUAAGGAGGUUAAAAGAGAGGGUGUCCAGUUUAUUCACACGGGAUUGGAAUUAAAACACUGGGAUUAUAUCGCGAGGACUCGAGGAUCUAUUAAACAUAUUUUCAUGGCAGCUUAAUCUGCACAAAGGAUUUACUGUUGGAAUUGCUAAAGUAUGACAGAGACAGUCGAAGCGCGGUCGUCCACCACCACCACCACGAUGGUCAUCGACAGUAAGAUGGUGGACGCCGGGCCGCCGCCUGCCCUAAAACCCAAGAAAUCUUUCACGGAAGACCUCCACUCCACCUUCAGCUCCCCGCUAGCCUGGAUCCUGGUCCUGGCUCUGAUCAUAACAUGGACUUGUGUGUUUGUCAUCAUGUUUGAUCUGGCGGACUACAAGACGGUCUCAGGAGGCCUCAGUAAGAUCGGCUCCGACCCAAUAAAGGCGGUGAACGACGCCGUGGAGGAAUCGACGAAUAUAAUCAGCGGGAUCCUGAAGUUUGCAGCCAACCUGGUCGCUCCUGAAGAAGAAGAAGGAAAUCUUUACGCAGUGAGGAAAAAAGGAGAGUUUCUACCAUCCCGAAGUAAAGUUAUAGGGAUGAAAGCACAGGCCAACCAACCAGUGAUAGAGGUCGUGGAGGAUGAAGAUGAAGACCUGGAACAGGAGGAAGAAGGAGUGGAGGAGGAAGUGGAGGCUGCUGCUGCUGCGGAGGAAGUGGAGGCUGCUGCUGCUGCUGCUGCUGCGGAGGAAUUGGAGGCUGAUGCUGCGGAAGAGGAGGAGGAAGGAGUAGAGGAGGAUGAGGAGUAUGAGGACGAUGACGACUACUAUGAUGAUGAUGAGGAGGAGGAGUAUGAUGAGGAAUAUGAAAAAUACUAUGAGGAUGAGGUGGAGGAGGAGGAAGGAGUGGAGGGGGAGGAAGAGGAGGAGGAGGAGGAGGAAGAAGAGGAGGAUGCCGAAGCUGUGGACGAUGAGGAGGAGGAAGAAGAAGAAGAGGAGGAAGGAGCAGAAGCUGCUGAGGGUGAGGAAGAGGAGGAAGAAGAAGAGGAGGAAGGAGCAGAAGCUGCUGCGGAUGAGGAAGAGGAGGAGGAGGAAGAAGAAGAAAGAGCAGAAGCUGCUGAGGAUGAGGAAGAGGAGGAGGAAGAAGAGGAUGAAGGAGCAGAAGCUGCUGAGGAUGAGGAAGAGGAGGAGGAAGAAGAGGAUGAAGGAGCAGAAGCUGCUGAGGAUGAGGAAGAGGAGGAGGAAGAAGAAGAGAAAGGAGCAGAUGCUGCUGAGGAUGAGGAAGAGGAGGAGGAAAAAGAGGAGGAAGGAGCAGAAGCUGCUGAGGAAGAGGAGGAAGGAGAUGAUGAAGAUAAGGAAGCAGCAGAAGCUGUGGACGAAGAAGAGGAAGACGAGGAGGAACAGGAAGAAGCGGCAGCUGCGGUUGGGGAGGAGGAGAAAGAAGAGGAUGAAGAAACAGAAGCGGCAGAAGUUCUGGACAAAGAGGAGGAUGGAGAGAAGGAAGCUGCAGCAGGAGCUGAAGAUGAGGAGGAAGAGGAGGCAGUUGAAGCAGCUGAUGAUGAUGAUGAGGAUGAAGUGAAGGCAGAAGAGGAAGAAGAGGAGGUGGAGGUUGCUGCUGAGGUGGAGCAAGAUGAGGAUGAAGACGAGUCGGAAUCUGAAGCAUCUGCAGCUGAGAUCGAUGAAGAUGAUGAUGAUGACGUGAAAGAGGCAGCAGCAGAGGAAGAGGCUGACAAAGGUGAUGGUGAUGAUGAGGAAGAGGAGAAGGCAGAUGCUGCUGAUGAAGAUGCCGAAGAAGAGUCUGAACCUGCAGCCGCUGACGAUGAUGAUGAUGAAGUUUCUCCAGAACCCAUCUCCACUUCUGAGGAUGAAGAGUCGGCGGUGUCUCCUGAGUCUGAGACUGACGCACCUGUUGCCGUCGGCGACAGUGAUGAAGAUGUCGUCCUGCUUGAUGAAGACGACGACAAAGACAAACAAGAAGAGGACAGCGACGAAGACGUGGCUCUGCCUGACGAAGAGGACACAGACGAUGAUGCAUUCGUGGACUCCUCAGACGUCAGCGAGUCUGCCCUACUCUCCAGCGAUGAAGAGGAUGAUGAAGAUGACAGAUUAGCGGAGGGUGUCGUGACGUCCGACAGUGACGACUUCAUCGUAGAAGACAGUGACGAAGACCUGGAGCUUCCUCCUAUUGCUGCUGCCAGUGAGGAAGACGACGAUGAUGAUGAUGAUCUUAAACUCCCUGGAGAGGAAGAUCUUCCUCCCGUGCUCGAGGAUGACGAUGAUGAAGAAGACGUCAAACUUGCUGAAGACACUGAUGAUGAAGAUGAUGAAGAUGAUGAGGACCAAUUGGACGAAGACGUCUCCGUCGCCUCCUCCGACCUCUUUGCAGAUGACGAAGACGAUGAUGAAGACGUUGAUCUCAAGGACGAAGAUCUCGACUUUGACCUAGACAAAGAAUUCCAAAUUGACCUUGACAUACCUGAUGAUGUCAUUGAUGAAGACCUCCCUGACGAAGAGGAGGAUAAAGAGGAAGAGGAGGACCUGCCUCCGAUGGAGAGCACAGACAGCGGAGUCUUAGGCGAUGAAGAGGAUGAUGACGACUUCGCCCUUUCAACGGACGAAGAGACCAUCCUCAGUGAGGACAUCUCCUUUGAGACGACCGACGAUGAUGAAGAUGAUGAUGAUGAUGAUGAUGAUGAAGUUAUCGACUCGUUUGAGUUCACUUUGGAUCAAGAGGGAGAAAUAGAAACAAUUGUUGACGCUGAAAAAGACAGCGAUGGUGAUGAAGAUGAUGAAGCCACAUCAGGGUCUUGGGCUACUGAAGAUGAUGAAGACGAUGAUGAUGAUGAUGAUGAUGAUGAAGAUAAGGAAGAUGAUGUUGACCUCUUGCUAGCAGCUUCCUCUGCAGCUGCACUUACCGUCCAGGAGGAGGCAGUGAAGAGCGAGGAAGAGGAGGACAUCACUCCGGCUUCAGAGGAAGACGACUCAGAGGAGGAUGAGGCAGAACGCAUUGUCCUCUCUCAACCUGCUGCUCUGGAUGACGAUGAUGAGGAGGAAGGGGAGGACGAAGAGCCGACACCUGAACUGAAGAAAUCUGUGGACGAGCCUGAAGAUAAGAAAGAGGAAGAGUACGAUGAAGACGACGAUGAGGAGGAGAAGGCGUCGGUGGAUGUGAUCAAGCCCGUCGCUGAAGCUGAGGAGCAGGCAGCUGAAGCCACAGUGUGUCCCUGUAUGCACUCUGGGAAAGCCAAAGAGCCUGACACCAAGACUGUGGAGAAAAAAGAUGCGCCAAAGAGAGUUCGGGCUUUGAGAAGCAGAAAAGAGCGCGACGCUUUGAAGACGGGUGAAAAGCCAUUGAGACAAGGUCUACCCAGAGUGGCGUUCCUCGAGCCCAGAGCCUCGGCCAGACGGGUAUCGAAACUCCCUGCUCUUCUCAGAGCCAAGAGAGCAGCAAGGUCUGCCGCCAAGACUCCCAAAAAAGAGACAGAAGCAGAGACAGAAGCAGAGACAGAGCCAGAGACCAAGAAACAGGAAAAGGUCAUGGACGCUGGACAAGAAGUCGGGCCCUGCAGACCUGCUCCUGUUUACUGCCCGUCCCCUCCCGGCUGGUACGUUCAUCACGUGGUCUCAGACAACCCGUACCCUCCUCCCACCAUACCAGGUACUUAG